UUGACUCUUCCUCUACACUCAUACUCCCGUUCCCGCUGGUAGACUGCGGGAGAGUACUCGUAUAUCAUAGCAUUCCAUUGUCCUACAGUGAACGUACCAGACAACGGAGAUACCGGCUGCAAGUAUGUCGAGCAGCACCGCAAUCGCCAUCCCGCAGCGCCGCAGGAAGCAGAGCCGCGGCGGCUCCAGCGCGAACGCCUCGCCCGCGACCAACAGCUUCGAAUACGGCAGCUACGGCAGCGUGAGGGGGGACGACAGUGCAGCGAGCCCGAAGGCGGGCGCCGAGCGCAGGCCCAGCUUGAUGUCGCCCGCGUUUUCCCACGCUGAGCACACGGUGGUUAACAUUGGCAACUCGGAUAUGCCGCGGCUGAUUACGUGCGUCAAGGCGUCGCAGGGCUUCGACUGGAAUCAGGAAAUCUUCCUCCCGAGCUACGCCAACUUCGACUUCGACGACCUCGAGCGCAAGCAGGAUCCUGUGCAGGAGAUUGUGGUUACGGAUGAGGAGAGGGAGAAGAUGUUUCCUUCGUAACAACAUGCUGCAUCUUAUGGAAGGACUUGCAUGCAAGAGGCGCUAUUGUACACGGAACGGAGCGUAUAGGAUUGGAUUGGGUGGCCGACGUCUUGCAUACGGCAUGGGCGGCGUGCCACCAUCGGGGUUUGGAUACUUGUGCUUUUGAUUGGGAU